GUGGAACCUACGCUAGUGAGGCAGAGUCAUCGUUUUCAUGGAGGAUCGAAGUUCCGUCCGAUAAUGAGAGAGUCUAUAAUAUAAAUAUCUUCUUACUUCUUCCUCCACCGCUUAACGCUCUCCAAAAUUCUAAAACAAAAUCCUCAUUCAACAACACCAAAACGAAUUAAGAUGCUCUUCUUCAAAUCUUCAUCCGGAGCAGUUCACCAGGAAUCCCAGCCGCCGGAGGACGUCGAGAGAGGCGGCGCCGGUUCUGGCCCGUCUGUCUCACUGACGGUAUGGAGGAAGUCACUGUUACUCACCUGCAACGGCUUCACAGUAAUCGAUCGUAACGGAAAUAUCGUAUACAGAGUCGAUAACUACACCGAACGGCCAGAGGAAAUCAUUCUGAUGGACGGCCUCGGAGAAUCCGUCCUCACAAUGUGCCGCUCCAAGAAGCUAGGACUAGGAGAGAACUGGUGCGUGUACGAAGGGGAAGUAGAAGGAGAAACUAGGGCAAGAAAGAAACCGAUAUGUCGAGUGAGGAAGAAUAUGAACAUACUACAUGUCGCUCCGAAUACGAAAGUGCUUGCGUACGUAUACGAUUACAGAAUCUCGGAGAAAAAGCAUGCGUACAGUGUGGAAGGUUCGUACGGGCACCGGUCGUGCAAGGUGUUGGACGCGUCGAGGAGAGUGGUGGCGGAGGUGAAGAGGAAAGAGGCGGUGAACGGCGGCGUUUGUUUUGGGGCGGAGGUUUUUCUUCUGGUGAUUCUUCCUGGGUUUGAUCCUGGAUUGGCUAUGGCUCUGGUUUUGCUUUUGGAUCAAAUGUUUUCUUAGAAUUUGAAUUUCAUUCUUCUUCUUCUUCUUACUGUUCUUGUGUAUAUUUUUUGAAGAAGCUGCGUUUUGAUUUUGAAAGGGAUUUUAAAAAAAAAAAAAAAAAUAUGAGUGUAUAUCAUUCAUUGCUUUGUGUUUGUUGUAUACGUAAUAACAUUUGCUUUGGUCUCUUUCAUUUUCAAUUCCAAAUCUUGUCUAAUAUAAUAAUCUUUUGGUUAGAA